GAGCACUGUACCAUAAUAAUCAACCCAGAGACAGGAGGUGAGUCGUUACAUAACAAGCUGUCAUUAUAUACCUUAUUAUACACACUAUCAUUAUAAUACACUGUCACUAUAUACUUUAUUAUACACACUGUCACUAUAAUACACUCACUAUAUACCUUAUUAUACACACUAUCAUUAUAAUACACUGUCACUAUAUACCUUAUUAUACACACUAUCAUUAUAAUACACUGUCACUAUAUUCCUUAUAAUACACUGUCACUAUAAUACAAUGUCACUAUAUACCUUAUUAUACACUGUCACUAUAUACCUUAUUAUACACACUGUCUUUAUAUACCUUUAUAAUACACUGUCAUUAUAUACCUUAUUAUGCACACUGUCUUUAUAUACCUUAUACACACUGUCACUAUAUACCUUAUAAUAUACACUGUCACUAUAUACCUUAUUAUACACACUGUCACUAUAUACCUUAUUAUACACUGUCACUAUAUACCUUAUUAUGCACACUGUCUUUAUAUACCUUAUACACACUGUCACUAUAUAGCUUAUAAUAUACACUGUCACUAUAAUACACUGUCACUAUAUACCUUAUUAUGCACACUGUCAUUAUAUACCUUAUUAUACACACUGUCUUUAUAUACCUUAUACACACUGUCACUAUAUAGCUUAUAAUAUACACUGUCACUAUAUACCUUAUUAUGCACACUGUCAUUAUAUAUCUUAUUAUGCACACUGUCAUUAUAUACCUUAUGUGACAAGACCAAUCUCGCCACAUUUCAUUGGAGAAGCCUGGUUGCUCGCCUGCUGCCUUUGGACUAUGGCCCCCUGUUAAAAACAUAUUUUUUACCUGCAGAAAAGCUUCAUUCGUGCUUUUCUGCCUGGGGUUCGGUAGAUUUGUUUGAAUGUGUUAUACCCCAGAUAGGAAUCCCAUGGAGCCCAUUCGUAUGAACCUGACUGUAAAGACUUUGGCUCCAUGGCGAUUAAACUGUAUUUGUGUGGUCUGAGCGCCAUUCGCUUAAUAAUGUGCGCUCGGACCUGAGCUAUCUGGGGAUAUGUUACAUGUCUGUGUUUUAUGUAAUAAAUGUGACUUUAUGUAUUUAAAGUGUUUUGUGUCUUUUUGCAACCAUGUGCUUAAUGGAGUCUUGUGUCUGUCCUGGGAGAUAAUUGAAUUACUUAUCUCCAGGAUAGAAGACUCAAACUGGUUUGGGCCAGAAAGCCAUGCUUCAUUUAGUCACAAAGGACUUUUUACUAACUUUUGAACCCCUGGUCUGAUUCAGGCCAUUUUUUUAAUAUGUUGUUCGCCUGAAUGGAUUGAUUGUGAAUAUGUAAUUUUAUGUGAAUGUGAUGUAUGGUUUUGGAGUUAUGAAAGUUGGGUAGAAAGUAUGUUUUAACUGUUUGUAUAAUUGAGUUUCCUCUCAGGAUAAGGGGAGGGAAUAUGUGGGAUGUAACUGUGAUAUGAUUGGUUGUUUUAUCCCUCCCUGUGGGUGGUUCUGUAUUUGAAACACUGUAAUAAAAACCAGGCUGGGUGUGCCAGCACCUCAGACCACUGCUUGACCCUCAACACGGAGCCUUGUCUCGUUCUUGGGGGGAUUUACUGUAUGCUGCUAAGGACUGAUUGCCAGGAGUGUAAGCCGCUUGGAAGCUUUUCCUGUUCGCCUGCUAGCAGCUAUUCGUAUGGUUCCUGUUCGUUUAUUUGAAGUGCUACCUUAUUUCCUUGUAUGCCGUUCGGGAGUUUGGAGCAUUCACUUAUUGGCGGUUCGUGAGUUUUGGUGGUUCUACAGUAGCUGUGCCUGACUCUGAAAGGGGGAUUAUCGUCUAAGCGGUUUUUUCCCCUUUUGUGCAAAACGGUCCGUUACAAUUGGUGGUAGCGGUGGGAUAAUUGUAACGGACUGUUUUGCACACAAGGGGUAAAAACCGUUUAGGCGAUCGGCCCCCUUUCCAGAGAUACAGGCACAGCUACUGCAGAACACCAAAACUCACGAACUGGAUACAAAAUAGCACUCCAACUCCGAACUGGAACCUCCCAAAUAGCUGCUAGCAGACGAACAGGAAAAGCAGACGAACAGCUUACACUCCUGGCAAUCAGUCCCUAACAGCAUACAGUGAAUCCCCCCAAGAACGAGACAAGGCUCCGUGUUGAGGGUCAAGCAGUGGUCUGUUUAAUGAGGGCUACCUGCCCAGCUUUUAUGCAGGUCUCCCACCUGGUGGACACUCCCCUAGGGGACCAAAUGGGGGACUGUGACAAGGGACAGACAAGUAUACAAAAAGGACACACAGUCACAGUAUAUUCCCACAAUGCAUCCUGGCUUCCUCCCCUCUGCCCUGGGAGAUAAUUGGGAAGUAGCUCAAUUAUCUCCCAAGACAAAGGCAAAACUCCAUUACACACGUGGGAACACAAAAACAGCAUUAUACUUUAAAAUACAUAGAGUAACAUUUACUACAUUAAACACAGGCAUGUAACACAUCCCCAGAUAGCUCAGGUCUGGGUGCACAUUAUUAGGUGAAUGGCACUCAGACUACACGAAUACAGUUCAAUCGCCAUGGAGCCAAAGUCUUUACAGUCAGUUUCAUACGAAUGGGCUCCAUGGGAUUCCUAUCUAGGGUAUAAGACAUUCACACAAAAAUACCGAACACCGGGUCAUUCGUGUGCUUUCACCGAACAAGAAGGGAGGUCGGCGGCUUCAGCGGUGUUCGCGCAAAACUGUGUUCGAUUUUAGUUCCAUGAAAAUAGAGGCGAACACCGCUGUUCAUUCGUAUGGUUUAAAAUGGCCGCGACCUCGUGUUCGGGAUACGAACGGCGGCCACCCAGCGUUCAUCAAUUAAGCUGCGGUUAACCGCAGCUUCAGGGAGGUUAAUUGCCGGCACACUCCAGCUCCCAGGUGGUCCAGUCAUUCGUACGGUUGUUCGGUAGAUUGAAACUACCGAACAACCGGCAGAAAAGCAUGAGUAUGGCUUUUCUGCAUGGAAAAAUAAAGUCUUUUAAAAGGGGGCCAUAGUCCAAAGGCAGCAGGCGAGCAACCAGGCUUCUCCAAUGCAAUGUGGCGAGAUUGGUCUCGUCACACCUUAUUAUACACACUGUCACUAUAUACCUUAUACACACAGUCACUAUAUACCUUAUAAUAUACACUGUCACUAUAUACCUUAUAAUAUACACUGUCACUAUAUACCUUAUUAUACACACUGUCACUAUAUACCUUAUUAUACACUCACUAUAUACCUUAUUAUACACACUGUCUUUAUAUACCUUUAUAAUACACUGUCAUUAUAUACCUUAUUAUGCACACUGUCUUUAUAUACCUUAUACACACUGUCACUAUAUAGCUUAUAAUAUACACUGUCACUAUAAUACACUGUCACUAUAUACCUUAUUAUGCACACUGUCAUUAUAUAUCUUAUUAUGCACACUGUCAUUAUAUACCUUAUUAUACACACUGUCACUAUGAUACACUGUCACUAUAUACCUUAUUAUGCACACUGUCACUAUAUACCUUAUACACACUGUCACUAUAUUUCUUAUUAUACACACUGUCACUAUAAUACACUGUCACUAUAUACCUUAUUAUGCACACUGUCAUUAUAUAUCUUAUUAUGCACACUGUCAUUAUAUACCUUAUUAUACACACUGUCACUAUGAUACACUGUCACUAUAUACCUUAUUAUGCACACUGUCACUAUAUACCUUAUACACACUGUCACUAUAUUUCUUAUUAUACACACUGUCACUAUAAUACACUGUCACUAUAUACCUUAUUAUGCACACUGUCAUUAUAUAUCUUAUUAUGCACACUGUCAUUAUAUACCUUAUUAUACACACUGUCACUAUAUACCUUAUACACACAGUCACUAUAAUAGACUCACUAUAUACCUUAUUAUACACACUGUCACUAUAUACCUUAUUAUACACACUGUCACUAUAUACCUUAUUAUACACACUGUCAUAUACCUUAUUAUACACACUGUCACUAUAUACCUUAUUAUACACACUCACUAUAUACCUUUUUAUACACAGUCACUAUAAUACACUUACUAUAUACCUUAUUAUACACACUCACUAUAUACCUUAUUAUACACACUGUCACUAUAAUACACUUACUAUAUAUCUUAUUAUACACACUGUCACUGUAUACCUUAUUAUACACACUGUCACUAUAUACCUUAUUAUACACACUGUCAUUAUAUACUUUAUUAUACACGAUGUCACUAUAAUACUGUCACUAUAUACCUUAUUAUACACACUGUCACUAUAAUACACUGUCACUACAUACCUUAUUGUACACAAUGUCACUAUAUACCUUAUUGUACACACUGUCACUAUAUACCUUAUUAUACACACUGUCCCUGUAAUACACUGUCACUAUAUACCUUAUUAUACACACUGCCAAGAUAAAACACUCACUAUAUACCUUAUUAUACACACUGUCACUAUAAUACACUGUCACUAUAUACCUUAUUAUACACAGUCACUAUAAUACACUGUCACUAUAUACCUUAUUAUACACACUGUCACUAUAAUACACUGUCACUAUAUACCUUAUUAUGCACACUGUCAUUAUAUAUCUUAUUAUGCACACUGUCAUUAUAUACCUUAUUAUACACACUGUCACUAUAUACCUUAUACACACAGUCACUACAAUACACUCACUAUAUACCUUAUUAUACACACUGUCACUAUAUACCUUAUUAUACACACUGUCACUAUAUACCUUAUUAUACACACUGUCACUAUAUACCCUACUAUACACACUGUCACUAUAUACCCUACUAUACACACUGUCACUAUAUACCUUAUACACACUGUCACUAUAAUACACUCACUAUAUACCUUAUUAUACACACUGUCACUAUAAUACACUGUCACUAUAUACCUUACUAUACACACUGUCACUAUAUACCUUAUACACACUGUCACUAUAAUACACUCACUAUAUACCUUAUUAUACACACUGUCACUGUAUACCUUAUUAUACACACUGUCACUAUAAUACUCACUAUAUACCUUAUUAUACACACUGUCACUACAUACCUUAUUAUACACACCGUCCCUAUAAUACACUGUCACUAUAUACCUUAUUAUACACACUGUCAUUAUAUACCUUAUUAUACACACUGUCACUAUAAUACAUUGUCACUAUAUAUCUUAUUAUACACACUGUCACUAUAAUACAUUGUCACUAUAUACCUUAUACACACUGUCACUAUAGUACACUGUCACUAUAUACUUUAUUAUACACACUGUCAUUGUAUACCUUAUUAUACACACUGUCACUAUAUACAUUAUUAUACACACUGUCAAUAUAUACCUUAUUAUACACUGUCACUAUAUACCUUAUUAUACACACUGUCACUAUAAUACACUCACUAUAUACCUUAUUAUACACACUGUCACUAUGAUACACUGUCACUAUAUACCUUAUAAUAACCUGUCACUAUAUACCUUAUUAUACACACUGUCACUAUAAUACACUGCCACUAUAUACCUUAUUAUACACACUGUCACUAUAAUACUGUCAAUAUAUACCUUAUUAUACACACUCACUAUAAUACACUAUCACUAUAUACCUUAUUAUACACACUGUCACAAUAUACCUUAUUAUACACACUGUCACAAUAUACCUUACUAUACACACUGUCACUAUAUACCUUACUAUACAUACUGUCAAGAUAAAACACUCACUAUAUACCUUAUUAUACACACAGUCACUAUAAUACACUGUCACUAUAUACCUUAUUAUACACACUGUCAAUAUAUACCUUAUUAUACACACUGUCAAUAUAUACCUUAUACACACUGUCACUAUAAUACACUCACUAUAUACAUUAUUAUACACACUGUCACUAUGAUACACUGUCACUAUAUACCUUAUUAUACACACUGUCACUAUAUACCUUAUUAUACACACUGUCACUAUAAUACACUGUCACUACAUACCUUAUUGUACACACUGUCACUACAUACCUUAUUGUACACACUGUCACUAUAUACCUUAUUAUUCACACUGUCCCUGUAAUACACUGUCAUUAUAUACCUUAUUAUACACAGUGUCACUAUAUACCUUAUUAUACACACUGUCACUAUAAUACACUCGCUAUAUACUUUAUUAUACACACUGUCACUAUAAUACACUCACUAUAUACCUUAUUAUACACACUGUCACUAUGAUACACUGUCACUAUAUACCUUAUAAUACACACUGGCACUAUAUACCUUAUUAUACACACUGUCACUAUAAUACACUCAUUAUAUACCUUAUUAUACACACUGUCACUAUAAUACACUCACUAUAUACCUUGUUAUACACACUGUCACUAUAUACCUUGUUAUACACACUGUCACCAAAUACCCUGUGGCGGAACCAACCUCGCCACUGGAGGAGCCUGGUUGCUCGCCUGCUCCAUUUAGACUAUGGCCCCAUGUUUAACACUGUUCUUUUUUUCCUGCAGAAAGGCUGGUUCGUGCCUUUCUGCGGACUGGUAAAGUCACGAACACCGCUGAGCUGCCUACCUACGUUUUCCUACCUGCAGUCAAUUAUCCGAACAACGGUCCAUUUGCUACUUUACUUUUUUAAACCAUGCUACCCCAGAUAGCUAUGCCAUGGAGCCCAGCCGUAUAAUGAAAGACUUUGGCUCCAUGGUAAUUGAAUUGUAUGUAUGUGAUCUGAGCGCCAUCAGGUAGUAAUGGGCGCUCAGAUCUAAGCUAUCUGGGGAUAGGUAGAAUGUGUAUGUUCUAUGUGAUAAAUGUUACAGUAUGUAAUUUUAUGUCUUUUAUUGUCCUUUGUCUACCAUGUGGUUAAUGGAGUUUUGCCUCUGUCCUUGGAGAUAAUUUGAUUACUUCCCAAUUAUCUCCAGGACAGAGAGGAGGGAUUGUGAUGCAUUGUGGGAUUGUAAGCUUGUGAUUGGUCAAUGUCCAAUAUGUAUCCCAGUUUUCCAUCUGGUUCCCUAGGGGAGUGUCCACCAGGUGGGAGACCUGCAUAAAAGCCGGGCAGGUAGCCCCAGUAAAUCAGUUCUGCUUGAUCCUCAAACGAAGUGUCGUCUCGUUCUUGGGGGGAAUUGGAUUGUAUGCUGCCAGGAGUGUAAACUGUUCGUAUGGUUUUUCCUGUUCAGCUGUUUAACAGCAUUCGUGUGUUUCCUGUUCGUGAGUUGGAGGAUUUGUAUGGUUCCAGUUCGUGAGUUGGAGAAUUUGUGUGUUUGCAGUUCGGGAGAUUGGUGAUUGUAGUAGCUGCCUGUGCAUCUGAAAGGGGAAUAUCGCCUAAACGGAUUUUAACCCCUUGUGUGCUGAAACCUUAUUAUACACACUGUCAUUACAUACCUUGUAAUACACUGUCACUAUAUACCUUCUAAUACACACUGUCACUAUAUACCUUAUAAUACACUGUCAUUAUAUACCUUGUAAUACACACAGUCAUUAUAUACCUUAUAAUAUACCUUCUAAUACACUGUCAUUAUAUACCUUCUAAUACACACACUGUCACUAUAUACCUUAUUAUUAUUAUUAUUAUUAUUAUUUUAUUAUUUAUAUAGCGCCAACAAAUUCCGUAGCGCUGUACAGUGGGUGGACUAACAGACACAUAAUUGAGAUCAGACCACUGGACAUACAGGAACAGAGGGGGUUGAGGGCACUGCUCGAUGAGCUUACAUGCUAGAGAGAAUGGGGUAUAGUGACACAAAGGGUUCAAGUAGGGGAAUUAAAUAGUUUGUUACAGAAGGAUUUAUUGAGUGCUUGGUAGGUCAUUUUUUUUUUUUUAUAUUUCUUUAUUUAUCGUAUUAAAUUUUUUUUAACAUUAUUAACAUUUACAUAUGGGGUAUCCAAUAGACAUACCUCCAACAUAGUAAUACAGCCAUAUACAAAAAUAAUUAUAUAUAGAGAAAAAAAACACCAAAAUUAAACAGACAAACGACAAAAAAAAAAAAAAAACUUAAUAAAGGAUCCAGCGUCAAUUGGUUCCACAUAUAGUACAGUGUUUCCAUCAGAAACCAUCAUAUCGUACACCCGAUAUAUAUUACAGCCAGGAACACUUAUCCACUACCACACCUAAUCAAGAAGUUAACACCAGGAUUUCCAUAGUAUAAUUAUCACAUUGAUAGUAAGAAAAAAAAAAAAUAAAAUUAUAAUACAAAUAAAACAUCCUCUGAGACUCGAUAAGGUGGGGAACCACAACAUGCUAUCAUGGGUUCUGUCGAUUUGUCCAGGGUAACCAUAAUUUGGUCACGUCUCUAGUACCAAAGAAAGGGUUUGUUUCCAUCCUAUGUUGGUAAUCAAUUUGCUCCAUAAUACUAUGCCAUAUUAAAGGAGUAGAAGAAUUCCAAGCCCUAGCUAUACAUAUUUUGAUGGCAAAAAAUAUAUGAGUCAAAAGAUAAUUUUGAUAUUUAUCUUGCGAAGGAAAACCAAUAUUAAAAAGAAAUAGUUGAGGGCUAAUUUCUUUUAUCUCCUUAAAGAUAGAGUUAAUAAGGCCAAACAUUUGAAUUUUUAUACUAUCGAGACCAUGACACUCCCACCAUAUGUGGUAGAUAGUACCCUCCUCAUUUCCACAUCUCCAACAAUACUUAGAAUGGACAGAUGAUAUUUUGUAUAAUCUAGCCGGUACCAUAUACCACCUAUAUAUUAUCUUUAAAUGUGUUUCAUAAAGAGAAACGCUAUGUAUACAACGCUUAACCAGGAGUGUAGCCUUGGACCAUUCCAAAAGUGAAAAGGAUUCCCCAAUAUCUUGUUCCCAUUUAAUAAAGGAAGUGGCAUGAGAGUCUUGUUCCAUUGAUUCUAGCACCUUAAUAAAUCUAGAAAUCCCUCCCUUCUUUUUAUAUAAUACAAUAAGGGGAUUAACAAUGUGGUCCUUAAGUAUGGUCCGGGAUUGUAUAAAAUUCUUAAUCCUUAGAUAUUGGAAAAGAUCUCUAGGGGAAAGAUUGAACUUUUCAUGCAAUUGUAUAAAUGGGAUGGGUUUAAAUCCAUCCCAUAAGUCACAGAUCUUCGUUAGGCCUAAAUGUAUCCAAGAUUGAACAUUAAUGUUAUCCAUUAUAUAUUGUAGGACCACUAAUGGAACUCUAUAUAAUAAUUUAUCUUCUAGCUUCAAUUUCUUACUUAGAAUUUUAGAAGUAUUGAUCAUAUCUAUCAAUAUUCGGUUGGAAAAAUUCUUAGUAUCCAAUUCACCCAAAUUUAGCAAACCCAUCCAAAAGAGAACAACCAGUUCAUAUCUAGGGCUAUCCUCCUGUUCUAGAGUAAGCCAUGAUAUAGAUCCCCGCUCCUUAUCCAACCACUGUAAAAGAUGAGUCGCCAUACAUGCUUCAUGGAUUUUAUCAACAUCUGGAAAUGCUAUACCGCCCUUCUGGUAGCUCCUUCGAAGGGUAUCGAAAGCUAUCCUAGGUGGUUUAUUAGCCCAAAUACAUUUAGAAAUCAAAAUUUGAAAGCGUUUAAGAAUACCUUUCCCCAAUCUAUAGGGAAUCGCCCUAAAAUAAUAUAUAAUUUUGGGUAACAAAAAUGCCUUGAUCAUAUUUAAUCUUCCUAUCCAUGAGGACUCAAUCUUCCUCCAAUUGUCUACCAGUUGUUGCAGAUCUCUUAAUAAUGUAUCAUAAUUUGAUUGUAUCAUCUUCUCUAUAUCAAAAGAUAUUUUGAUCCCCAAAUAACCGAUAUUUUCCUUUGCCCAUGAGAAUUGAAAAUGUGCUGUCAGGAAAUCUUUCUGAGCCUCCGAUAGAAAAGAGGCUAAAAAUUGAGUUUUUUUCAUAUUGAUCUUAUAAUUCGAAAAGCUACUAUAAUUUGAUAUAACGUCCAGUACUGACGGAAUUGAAACCAUCGGAUCCGUCAAAGUAAGGAGGACAUUGUCUGCAAAUAGGGAGACCUUGUUUUCCCCAUUAAGGGACUUAACCCCCUUUACGUUGAUAUCCUGUCUGAUCAUAGUGGCCAAAGGUUCAAUUGUAAGAAUAUAUAACAGGGGAGCCAAAGGGCAACCCUGUCUAGUACCAUUUUUGACCUCAAAAUGAUCAGACUCAGCAAGAGGGUUAAUUAUUUUAGCUGUAGAGCUCCUAUAUAACAACAUGGUAUUGUGUCUAAAUUGACCCUCUAGGCCAAAUUGGCCCAUGACAGAGUCCAGGAAUCUCCAAUUGACUCUGUCAAAGGCCUUCUCAGCAUCAAGAGCCAUAAUGACAGACCCCCAUUUCUGCUCCUUUAUUCUAUGUAUUAAAUUAAAUAUCCUACGUGUAUUAUCUGUAGUACCUCUCCUUCGCACAAAUCCAGACUGAUCAAUAUCGAUCAGAUCUCCUAUUACCUCUUUAAAUCUGUUAGAUAAUAUUUGGGAGAAUAUCUUUAUAUCCAAGUUAAUGAGAGAUAUGGGUCUGUAGUUAGUAAUAAGUGUUGGGUCUUUCCCUACUUUGGGUAUAGGAAUGAUUGAGGCCAAUAACAUCUCAUUGGGGAAAGGAUUAUCCGCAGACGCCUUCAUAAACAUCUCUAAUAGGAUAGGAGAAAUGAGUCUAGAAAAAGUUCUAUAAAACAUUGUUGAGAAGCCAUCUGGGCCUGGGGCCUUAUUCGGUUUUAACUUAUCUAUUACUUCUGUUACUUCUGAUAGUGAGAAUGGAGCAUUCAACAUUUCCAACUUACUUUGUUUAAUUUGUGGUAAUUUGAGGUUACUCAAAAAUGUAUCCAUUUCUUCUCUACUCCUUCCUACCUCCUUUAGAUUAUAUAGAGAUUUAUAGAAUUCCGCAAAUGCAUUUACAAUUUCAUUUGGUGACACUAGAUGUUUAUCACCUAAGACAAUUUUUUUUAUGAAUUUAUCUUUAAGAUUAUUCUUAAUUUUAUUAGAGAGGUCUUUAGUUAUUUUGUUAUUAUUAUGAUACCAUCUUUGUUUAAGAAAGAGUAUAUUUAUAUUAACCGUAUCAUAAAUUCUUUCUUUGAUAGAUUCCCUCAAUUUAGUUAUUUCCUCAAUCAGAUCUUUAUUCACCAUGUUUUUAUUUAAACGUUCCUUGUUUGCCAAUUUUAUUCUUAACUCUUGUAGAGAUUCUCCCUUCCUCCUUUUAGAUUCUGAGCCAAGUUUAAUCAAUAGUCCCCUUGCAAAACUUUUAAGGGUACACCAUACUGUUGCCGUGGAAACUUCCCCAUUAUCAUUUGUAUUCAAGAAAUUUUCAAUUUCAGAUGACAAAAAGUCAAUAUUGCACUCUGAUUUCAAAAGGCUUUCAUUAAGUCUCCACCUUGUCCUUGGUCUAAGACCACCUUUUAACUUAACCUUAAUGAAUACUGGAGCAUGAUCUGAUACAACUAUAGAUCCGAUAUUGGAAUUAGUAAUAGAACUCAAAAACCCCGCUUUCACCAAAAACAUGUCUAUUCGAGAAUAGGUCUGGUGGACAUGUGAAAAAAAGGUGUAGUCUCUCUCACUAGGAUUCAAAGUCCUCCAACAAUCAAAUAGAGAGUUCCUGUCUAAAAAUUUUGAAAAAUCCGAGGCAUAGGUAUUUACAAAUUUGUAUUCUCCAGCGUUUUUAUGGCUUUUAUCCCGUACUGGAUCUAAUACACAAUUAAAGUCUCCCCCAAUUAUGAUGUUACCACAUGCUAAUUCAUCAAAUGCAAAGUUAUGCACUUCGGCGUAAAGAAUACACAAGCAACGUAUACCCUUAAUGGAAGCGAAUUAGGGAUAACAACACAUGAAAAGGACUUGGGAAUUGUUAUAGACAACAAACUAUGCAACAAUGUGCAAUGUCAAUCAGCAGUGGCCAAGGCCAGUAAGGUAUUGUCAUGCAUGAAAAAGGGCAUUCAUUCUCGGGACAAGAAUAUAAUUUUGCCUCUUUAUAAAUCACUGGUAAGACCCCAUAUUGAAUAUGCUGUGCAAUUUUGGGCACCUGUUCUAAAGAAGGAUAUUAUGGCACUAGAAAAAGUGCAGAGGCGGGCUACAAAAUUAAUAAAAGGAAUGGAACAUAUCGGCUAUGAAGAAAGGUUAACAAAUUUAAACCUAUUUAGUUUAGAAAAACGUCGCCUGAGAGGGAUAUGAUAACAUUAUACAAAUAUAUUCGGGGCCAAUACAAACCAUUGUGUGGAAAUCUAUUCACAAACCGGACUUUACAUAGGACACGAGGCCAUGCGUUUAGACUGGAAGAAAUAAGAUUUCGUCUAAGGCAAAGGAAAGGUUUUUUUACUGUAAGAACAAUCAGGAUGUGGAAUUCUCUGCCUGAAGAAGUGGUUUUAUCAGAGUCCAUACAGAUGUUCAAACGGCUACUAGAUGCAUACUUGCAAGAACAGAAUAUUCAAGGAUAUAAUCUUUCAAUGUAGGGUAAUAACUGCUUGAUCCAAGGAUAAAUCUGACUGCCAUUCUGGGGUCAAGAAGGAAUUUUUUUCCUAGCUUGUUGCAAAAUUGUGCUUCAAACUGGGUUUUUUUGCCUUCUUUUGGAUCAACAGCAAAAAAUCAAAUGUGAGGAAGGCUGAACUUGAUGGACGCAAGUCUCUUUUCAGCUAUGUAACUAUGUAACUAUGUAACCCUUUCCAUAAUUUUAUCAAAAAAAUCCCCUGAGCACGAAUUUGGUGCAUAAACAUUGACCAAAGUAUAGAUAAUACCAUUAAUUUUUGCAACAAGUAUCACAUAUCUUCCCAUUGGAUCCCCAGUUAGAUAUAUCUUUUCAAAAUUAAUUCUACUAGAAAUUAUAAUAGCAGUACCUCUUUUUUUUUUUUACUCCCCUCCAUAUUGGAGGAAAAUAUCAAAUGGAAUUUCUUAAACUUCCAGAGUCUCUCUGGAGAAUUAAUCCAAUGUGUCUCCUGAAUAAAAGCGAUGUCGAUAUCAUUAUCUUUUAGAAUUUUAUAGACCGCUCCCCUUUUCUGUGGUGAGUUUAAACCCUGGACAUUCCAUGAUAUCAAAUUAAGUGCCAUCAUAACACCUAUUGUCAUGGUUACACCCCGAAUCGAGUCUCAGAAAGAAGAAAAAAAAUAAAAAACAAAAACAUACAAAAAAAAUAAAAAUAUUUACAUUAUAAGAUACAUAGAACAUGAAAAAUAAUUCAAGAGGGGAAACAAACCCCCUCUUGAAAAUCCAGUGGGGAAACACACACGUGUAUAUAUAUAUAUAUACGUACACACACAUGUAUAUGGAACCCCCUGAACAAGACCUGCCUAUAGUUGCAGGAAGUAGACCCCGGCGAGAGGAGGAAGGACUCACAACUCUUCAACUCUUGGUAGGUCAUUUUUGACAGUUGCAGGAAAGGAGUCAUGGGGUGGGGGAUGAGAAACCUGCUGACCGUUUAAUUGAUAUGCUUUAAUGAAGAAGUGAGUUUUCAAAGAUUUCUUUAAAGGAGUGGAGGCUGGGUGAAAGUCUGAUUGAGGAGGGAAGGGAGUUCCACAGAAUAGGUGCAGCCCUGGAGAAGUCUUGAAGGCGAGCAUCAGAGGUGGGGAUCCGGGCAGAGGAUAGGCGUAGGUCUGGGGCUGAGCGCAGGGGUCUCGACAGGACAUACUUGUGUAUGAGGGAGGAUAGGUAUGUUGGAGCAGCAUUAUGUAGGGAUUUGUAAGCAAGAGCCAGAAUUUUGAAUUGGGCCCUAUAUCUAACUGGAAGCCAAUGCAGGGACUGACAGAGCGUGGAGGCGUGGGAGGUGCGACCGGACAGGAAAAUAAGCCUCGCAGCCGCAUUCAUUAUAGAUUGCAGCGAUGCAAGCUGGGAACAUGUAAGACUGGUGAGAGGGGGAUUGCAGUAGUCAAGGCGAGAGAGAACAACAGCAUGAACCAGUACCUUAGCCGCGUCCGGCGUUGGAUAUGGGCGGAUGCGCGCUAUAUUCUUGAGUUGGAAGGAUUUGGCUAUCGAUUGGACAUGGGGAGUCAAAGAGAGAUCAGAAUCAAAAAGAACCCCUAGGCAGCGAGCCUGGGAGGUAGAGGUGAUGGUAGCGCCGUUGACUUGGAUGGAGACAGACACAGGAGUAGCAGCACUUGUGGGAGGAAAAACUAGAAGUUCUGUUUUGGACAGGUUGAGUUUAAGGAAGUGAGUAGGCAUCCAGUUGGAAAUAGUAGAGAGGCAGUCAGAAACACGAGUCAAGGUGGGUGGAGAGAGAUCAGGGGAGGACGGGUAGAUUUGCGUGUCAUCUGCAUAUAAAUGAUAAUGGAAGCCAAAGGAGUUGAUGAGUUUACCAAGGGAGGCAGUAUAGAUAGAGAACAGUAGGGGGCCGAGGACUGAACCUUGGGGGACGCCGACAGAGAGGGGUUGGGGAGAAGAGGCAGAGCCAGAGAAAGAAACAAUGAAAGAGCGCUGGGAGAGGUAGGAGGAGCACCAGGAGAGAGCAGUAUCCCGUAGACCAAAGUUACGGAGAAUUUGAAGAAACUGUUGAUGAUCAACAGUGUCAAAGGCGGCAGAAAGAUCAGGGAGGAUUAGGAUAGAGUAUUGGCCGCGAGAUUUAGCAGCAAUUAAAUCGUUGGAUACUUAGGUCACAUCAGUUUCGACAGAGUGACCAGCGCGGAAUCCAGACUGAAGGGGGUCAAGCAGAGAGUUGGAUUCGAGAAAGUCUGUCAAUCUGGCGUACACAACUCUCUUGAGGAUCUUGGAGGCAAAUGGCAGUAGCGAGAUAGGGCGGUAGUUGGAUGGGGAGUUGGGAUCAAGGUUGGGCUUUUUCAGAAUUGGGGUUACGGUUGCAUGUUUGAAGGGUGAGGGAAAUGUGCCAGAGGAAAGGGAGAGAUUGAAAAUGUGAGGAAGAGCAAGAGAGGGAGACAAAGUGCGGAUGAGUUGCGAUGGAAUAGGAUCGAGGGAGCAGGUGGUAGGGCGGGAGGACAGGAGCAGAGCAGAAACCUCUUGUGCUGUAGCAGGUCCAAAUGAGCAUAGGAUGGCAGGGGGAGUGUGGUUGGGUGAUGUGUUGAUAGGGGUAGGAGAGAGAUUAGAGAUCUCUUUCCUGAUUGUAUAGAUCUUCUCAGUGAAAUGAGAUGCAAAGUUUGUGGCGGACAAGGAGGUGGAAGGAGAGGGAGUCAGGUGGUGGAAGUGUGAAACAGGUGUUUGGGUUGAUGGGACAGUGUGCUUAUGAGUGUGUUGAAGUAGUUUACUUUUGCAGAGGAAAGAGCCAUGCUGUAGGAGCACAGCAUAAAUUUAUAGUGGACAAAGUCAGAUGCAAAGUGAGACUUUCUCCAGCAGCGUUCAGCAGUUCUGGAACAUUUUUGGAGGUAACGGGUCAGCUGGGUGCGCCAGGGUUGUAUUUGGGGCGCGCUUGCUGCGUUUAACUGUAGGAGGUGCCAUGAUGUCAAGUUGAGAGGAGAGAGUGGAGUUGUAGAGUGAGCUUGCAGAGUUAGGGCAGUUGAGAUUUGAGAUGGGUAAAAGGAGUGUUUGGAGUUUGGUGGAGAAGUGCUGGAGAUCGAGGGAGUUGAGGUUUCUGCGAGGUUGGAGAGUUGAUGGUGGUGAAAUUUUGGUAUGGGGUAUGCAGAUGUUAAAUGUUAGCAGAUGGUGGUAAGACAAAGGAAAUGGAACAGUGGCGAGAUCAGAGGUGGUAAAGAGAUCUCGCCACUGACCUUAUAACAUACACUGUCACUAUAUACCUUGUAAUAUACACUGUCACUUUAUACCUUCUAAUAUACACCGUGUCCCUAUAUACUUUCUGAGAUUGUCAGUGUUAAUGAUAUUAGCCAAAAAGGUCAAAUGGGUUGGGGUCAGUCACCACGAGACCUGCAUAGUGCUGGAAAAAUGAGUAAAAUACGUUUUAGAGGCAAAGGGCGCGGGCAUCUAAACUAUGUUUUUACAGCUGGAGCGUCAGGAAUUCACAUCGUGCCUGUGACGGUAGUAAUCUGUAUCACCGUCAAGCAUUCCCUUCUUCUCAUAAAAGAAAAUCACCAAGUAAUCCACAGGAAGUCCUUUAUGACCGACCGCAAGCACAUUUUCCUUCCCAAAACAGUUCCAUAGAUUUGGGCUGUGCGGUCGGUCGAUUUCACCCAGAAAAAUGUCUAAGUCCCAUUCGAACAGUGUGUUCGAAUUGUCGAACGCACUUCGAUUUCAGCCGAAGUGUCGAAGUUCCUGAGAAGGUAAGAGUCAGCGGUGUUCGUGCAAAUGUGUAGCAGAUUUUUAGUUCCGUAGAUUCAGUGGCACGCACCGCUGACCGCGUUCGACUAAAUUAAAAUGGCCGCCGCCACGUGUUCGAUAUUCGAAUGGCGGCCACUUCGACUUUGACGACUUCGACUGCAUUCGAAGUACCAAUUUAAAAAUGUAAAUCCUUUUUCUGGGAGUUAAACGAACCAUCCAAAAUUAGUUCAACAGCAGGGAGAGGAUAUAACCAAAGAAACACAGGUGAGUAUAGGAGAAUCCUUUACAGUUCCCCUUUACAGUAAGACUAUGCCUUGUCAUUCCUGCCCCAUAGCUUCAUUAAGCUGUUGUGUGGAAGUGGCUGUUUGUUAACAAAUAAUGUCAAACACGCUUUUGUACAUUUAGUACCCGUAGUAAUUUACUAAUUUGAUACAAAUUUGUUCUAUUAUGUAUAUAUUUUGCAGCGCGCUGAUAGUCCCAUUUUUGUAUCUUUUAGUGUUAUUUUAACAUGCUGUUGUUGUGUUUAAGUGAUCUUAAUUUUCAUAUUUGUAUUCAGUACUUCUCAGCAAAACACAAUUUAAUUUUCUAGAUUGAUUUUUGGGGGUCAAAGAGUAUGUAAGGAAAAUUAGACAGAAUAUUUAAUGUGUUGACUUUUUUCACAUGGCUUUGAUUUUUAUGAUAAUUUUUUGAAAAUGUUAUCUUCCCUAUUAUAAGGACUGUAAUUGCUGUUCAAUGUGCUGUAUGUAAUUGCUCUUAUAUUGCAGCUGGCAGUUUCCACUUUAUACAGUGAUUAUUUCACUAACACAGUUAUUCACUAAACUGUGUAUUGUCAGAGUAUUAUUUUACUUAUGCAUAACUUUUUAAGUAAUGAUCAUUUUGAAGAAAGACAAAAAACAGACUGCUCAGGGGGACUUUUAGCACAACAUAAUUUAAAAAUAUAAAGAAAUGGCAGAGACUCUUUAACAGAAAACACAAUUUUACAAAGCAAUUCACCUGUAUACUCCUAGUCAUACCGUUAUGCAUGGUGUUAUUUAAAGAACGCUGGGUUGCAGAGUUUCACAUGUGGUGGAAGAUUUCUGUUGAUCACUUCCUGAUUUAUUAAUACCAAAGACCAAGACUGGAGCCAUAGGUAAAACCUUGUUUUUAAGUAUAGAAGCAUUCUGAUAUUAUCAUCAGUCCAGUGAAUGUUUCUGUAUAGAACAGUUUGCUUCAAUGUAUCUUUACAGAUAGAUUGAGAAAGUAACCCACCCCUGUGUAGCGGAGUAGUAGUAUUACCCACGGUAUCUCCGCUUUUAGACAGAAUCAAGCAGGUACAAAACAGGUAAAAUCCAGGUAGCGUAGUUACAAUCCCUUCCUCCCAAGAACUAGAUGACACAUAGCUUGGAGGUCAACUGAGGUUUUUAAUUACAUGCACAGUAUUUAUGGGAUUCCCCAUGCAAGGGUUUUCCCUACUGACAUUCCAGGGGUGGCACAGUAGGGGACUACAUGGGGAACUGAACAAUACAUACAUUUCUCCCACCAUGCACUGCUGCACGAGAGGGAUACUCCCACUAGAAUAUAUAGCUAAGUGGAUUAUCGCUCCGUGCAGCAGAACUUACAUUUCACAUUAAAAUAAAUAAUUCCCAUAAUAUUCCCUUCAUUUAAACAAAUGGACGUUCGAUAGAUAGCUGGGGUCUGAGUUCGCACAGUUCGUGAGAAUACCGCUCAGAUCCCAGCCUAACUAACCGAACGCCGCACGAAACACACAUUAAAUUCAAGUUAUAUUCAAAGUACGGGUUGGCAUCAGGGGAACAAACUACCGAACGGCCUGGAAGUCCAGCGGUGUCCGCGCCGUCGAGUAGCCGAUUUUAGUUCCAGGCGCUCGACGACCAAACACCGCUGGCCUAACAAAGGAACCAAGAUGGCCGACCGCCACGUGGUCGGUAGCCGAACGACGGCCACCUAGGGAAGCCUUUAACUACCGAUUGCAACAAUGUUGCAAUCGGUUAAUGGGCGUCACACGACCUCCUGUGUGUGGUCGUCCAUUCGGUAGCUUAUUCGUUUCACGAACAGUGUUGAAACUCACUGUUCGUGAAACUCCAGUAUGAAUGCUGGGGUUUUCAUGCCACCAGCAUACAAAUGCCCUUAUUCGCCUGAAAUGCAAAUACAAACAUACACUUGCUCUCACAGCUUUAUAAGGACUAUAAAUAGGUGCAUAUAUUGAUAGUCUUAAGUGGCUUGUUUUGCCACACCCUGCACCACCUUUCUGCCUUCUGUUGGGGAGCAGUGAGAAUGGUGCAUGGAGAAGGUGUUUGAUAUAUUUGAUACAGAUAUAUAACCGACAUGCUGAAUGAAGGCCAGUGGAGACCAGGAAGAUGAUCUAGGUGUAUUUGAAGCAAAUAAUUACCAGAUUUUACUAUUAACAUGACGUAAAGUCAUGAUUUUAGUAAUGACACGAAGGCAAGUAUUAUGCUCUCUUUAUUUUCCCUCAGCAGCAAAUAAAAAUUUGAGAGAAAAUCAUAAGUAAAAAAAUAACAUAGCUUAGCAACACUGCAACCAAUCAGGAUCCAGUACAGUCCAUAAAGGUGUGGUACUCCUUGACUCCUCCUCUUUCUUGCGUAGUCACCCGAAGCCCAAUAACGCUGGAACCAAACAAAAUGAACAGAACAGGAACCCAUAAAACGAAAACACCUUUAUCUCGAAGUUAAAUUCAGCCAGAUAUAAUCCAACAAAACCGGUGAAUAAGAGAAAUAUGGUGAUAUCAAAAGUUUGUGACAUAUUCAACAAUGAGCUAUCUAUCUAUAGGUAUGACAAUAAAAUACAGGCAGUAAAUCUACCAUAGAGCGUAAAAUCCCAGUUACUUACCACUUACCUGUGCAAGAGACAAUAUUCUUGUUCUGACCAGAAACUACGGCUGGUAUGACCAAUUACAAGGGAAUAUCCGUAAAUUCACAGAGGGAAGGGUGGGUGGGAAUAAUACUCACCUCCAUGUAAUUAAUAAAAUCAUGACUUUCCGUCAUUUUAAUCAUAAAAUCUGGUAAUUUUAUUUAAGACACGAAGGCUCCUAUUAUGCUAUUUCAAAGCUGAGCAACAACUAAAGAAUCAAAAUGGUACCAGAAACAGGUUGCUCACGAAACUCGCUGUGUCACAAGGUAUUUGCUGAAUGGUGUUUUUUGAAGCCAACUCUGCAAUUUCUUGUGAAAUCAAGGUUUGAUGGUCGGCAGGAAUGAUUAUCUCCCAAGGAUGGAGCACCUGUACGGGAUGAGAGACUAACUCCAACCGAUACCCUUUAAUUGUUUGCAAAACCCACACAUCUGAGGUUAUAACAUUCCAUGCCUGGUAAAACAGUGCCAGUCUUACAUGGAAAAGUGGGAAUAAGCAGUACUCACCACAAGGUCGUCUGCCGGAGACUGACCGCCGUGGUCCACAAUACUCACCUCAGUGUCUUUGAAUAAAAUAUAUAUUUUUUUCUCUCUUCUUCUCUCCCUCGCUCACUUUCAUCUCUCUCAUUCUUCAAAGUGAAACUGUCACUUCUCUCAUUUUGGGUUUCCAAAUCAUUUUAUAUGUUUUGAAAUGCCAUGCUGUCCUGGCACAGCCAGAUUAUAUAACUGAGAAUUCUGUAUCCUCUACAACAGCCAUGUCAGACUCGCGGCCCACAACUAAUAUUUAUGCGGACCGCAGGCCGUGGCGAGGGAGCACCAAGUGUAAACUCUCCCAGUUCAGCUCGCCGCAGUGAUGCCGGGAGCCGUAAUAUGACGUCACUCCGGCAUCACUGCGGCACGCGAAUGAGCUGAGCAGGGAGAGCUUACACUAAGCGCUCCUUCACUGCCUGUCCACUCCUAUGCCUGCCCAGCAACCCCACUAGACCCCAGGUAAGAAACCAACCCAGUCUGUGUGUAUGGCUGUGUCUGUGUUUAUAGGUGUAUGGCUGUCUGAGUGCGUGUCUGUCAGUGUGUGUCUGUGAGGGAGCCUGUAAGUGUAUGUUUGUGUCGGAGUGAUUCUGUUGUCUGUCAGUGAGUGUGUGUGAGGGUUUCAAGGUGUAACAGGAGGAUCCGCUUUUUUAAGGUGCGGAUGGGGCCAUUGGGGGUAUGCCAGAGGCUGGAAUCCGGACACUGCUUGUUGGCUGUGUUUUUUGUUGUUGUUGUGUUUUUUUUUUUUUUAAACAGGACAGAGGGUUUAGUAUAUGGGGGGAUUGGGGGUGGGGCGGGGACUGGGAUAUAGUAGACGAGGCGGGGGGGGGAUUUAAACUUUGUAGUUUGAUAUGCUUGCUCUACAAUGCCAGGGGUUUACUAAGUUCAUACAGGUGUGUAUGGCACAAUGGGAGGCAUGUCCCAAUACACGCUCUUGUACAGCUUUGCAAAGUAGAUGCAGUAAAAGGUAAGUGUAUUUUCUACUUACCUCCACUGUACGCCUCACUCUGUGAGUGCUCAGUGUGAUUUAUUGGGGAUGAAGGAUGGGGAAACUGUCACUCUUCGGGAAUUGACUGUUCUUUUUAAGGCUGUGAACUGUGAUAUAUUGAUGACCAAAUAAAAAAAACGGAUAAAACAAGAUGGAAUGAAUUGCACAAAUUUUACAAGGACUAAAUUUUUCCAUUUCAGCCAUCAGUUCACAUACAAUUUACAGCUUUGUCAGUAAUCUUUUGGAUCACCGAUAACUGUGCAUUACAGAGGAUUAGCCCUUGAAGGAAACCUAUAGUCCUGAAAAUAACAAUCGUUAUUAGUGAUAUCCCGAACUGUUUGCGAACGGUUCGCCACGAAUGGUUCGCCGUCGACUCCAGUCAGCAGACACAUUCCAGCCAAUCAGCAGCAGACCCUCCCACCUCCUGGACAGCAUCCAUUUUGAAGCUGCAUUCUUAGUGAGCUGUCCAGGAGGUGGGAAGGUCUGGGAGGGAGGGUCUGCUGCUGAUUGGCUGGAAUGUGUCUGCUGACUGGAGUCCGUGGCGAACCGUUCGGCGAACAGUUCGGGACAUCACUAAUCGUUAUACAUCCCUCCUGCCCACUCCCCUGUGCAGCUAAAAAUAGAACUUUAAAAGACAUUACUCACCUCCUUUUCAGCGCCGAGACUCCUCUGCUGCAGCCUCCAGCCCUGCCUGCUGUCCGCAUCUAAGGUGACAUCACCGGUGAUAGCCUCCAAUCCAUUGCUUCUCAUAGUGAUUGGAGAUGCACAUGUACAGCCAAAUGCCGCACUCCUCAAAUCAAAUGCUGCUCUCAGCAGCAUUUAAUUCCAAGACUGUUUUACUUUGUCUGGAGGACAAAGUACUUCUAAUGGCUCAGGAAGACAACCAGUAGAUGUGGAUUCAACCCUGCAAGACAGGACCACUGUGCCCAGACCACUUCAUUGAGACCAAGUGAUCUGGGUGACUAUAUAGUGUUCCUUUAAAGGGUUACUCCAACCCUUUUUAUCACUAAUCUUCUUUUUUUUUUUUUUUUAAAUCUAUAGUGCCCUUUUUUGAUUUACAGUACAUUACUAAUAGUUACCCCUUCCCUGUUAAACCUGUAUCAAAGUGCCAGGCGCUGAUCUCUACAUCCCAUCAGACGUCAUCCCUGUAGGGAUGUAGGGUGAGAGGGAAUUUUAAACUUUAAAAAACUGCUAUAUAUUUACUGCAGGGUGGCUGAGCGACCACACAGAGGGAAAGAAGGGAGUGCCUGCGAGAGAGAAGAUUGUUACUCCUGUUGUGUGCAGUGCUCGCUGAUGACAGAAGUGAAAUAUACACAGUUGACAUUUGGCAGUCUUUUUAACAGAGUUCAAAGUCACAUGUGCAGAGGGUGUAACUAGCCCCCGGCACAAACAUGCAAAUAUCCUCAGUGUUUCAAUCACCAGCAAUUAUACUACCUGUAAUGUGUCUUUAAACCACAAUAAAUGUAAUGAAGUUGGGGGUCACUGGCGAUGUAAGAGCAGACCUCUAAGGCAUUGUUAGUAAAGUUUUUUUCCUCCCCAUACAUACAAGUUCCCAGUGUUUUGUGUUUUUUUCCUUACAUUUUUUUCUGUUGUGUGUGUGUGUUUUAUUUAUUUAUUUAUUUAUUAGGUACUAGUCAUGGCUGGAUCUGACUCACCAGACCUGGUGACUCUAUUCCAUCAGGAGCCCAGUGGAAUCACUUACCGCAUUCCAGCACUUAUCUAUGUACCGGAGCCCCCCACUUUCCUGGCUUUCUCAGAGAAGAGGUCAUCACCUAAUGACCAGGAUGCCUUGUGCAUUGUAAUGCGAAGGGGGGUGAAGACCUAUGAGGCUAUUCAUGUAAGUUAUAUAUUUUAUGGCUUUUAUUAAAAUACAUAUGCAUGUUCAAACCUCAAGGCUGCUGGUUUAAUAUGAUUCAUCUCUUCGAUAAUGAUAAUAAGCCUUGGAAAAUAAUACCCACUAUACUCAAGGCCAGAGCUUACUGAGAAAUGAUAGAAUAUUAAAGGACCACACCAGAAACAUAAAGCUUGCUGAAGUGCUUUAUGGGUGAGGAGUAUCUUAUUUUAACCCCAGUUUCUAAAAGUGCCGAUUUCUCUGAGAAAUUGGCACUUUUAUAAUUAGAUAAUGUCAGUUAAACAGGUUUUAUUCCUCCUUCCGUUAGCUCCACUGAGCAUGUUCUACUUACAGUGAGGGAAAUUUUUUUUUUUGAUCCCCUGCUGAUUUUGAACGUUUGUCCACUGACAAAGAAAUGAUAAGUCUAUAAUUUUAAUGGUAGGUGUAUUUUAACAGUGAGAGACAGAACAACAACAGAAAAAUGCAUGUCAAAAACGUUAUAAAUUGAUUUGCAUGUCAAUGAGUGAAUUAAGUAUUUGACCCCUUAGACUUAGUACUUGGUGGCAAAACCCUUGUUGGCAAUCACAGAGGUCAGAUGUUUCUUGUAGUUGGCCACCAGGUUUGCACACAUCUCAGGAGGGAUUUUGUCCCACUCCUCUUUGCAGAUCCUCUCCAAGUCAUUAAGGUUUCGAGGCUGACAUUUGGCAAUUCGAGCCUUCAGCUCCCUCCACAGAUUUUCUAUUGGAUUAAGGUCUGGAGACUGGCUAGGUCACUCCAGGACCUUAAUGUGCUUCUUCUUUAGCCACUCCUUUGUUGCCUUGGCUGUGUGUUUUGGGUCAUUGUCAUGGUGGAAGGAGGUUCUCACCCAAGAUUUGACGGUACAUAGCCCUGUCCAUCGUCCCUUUGAUGCGGUGCAGUUGUCCUGUUCCCUUAGCAGAAAAACACUCCCAAAUCAUAAUGUUUCCACCUUCAUGUUUGACGGUGGGGAUGGUGUUCUUGGGAUCAUAAGCAGCAUUCCUCCUCCUCCAAACACGGCGAGUUGAGUUGAUGCCAAAGAGCUCGAUUCUGGUAUCAUCUAACCACAACACUUUCACCCAGUUCUCCUCUGAAUCAUUCAGAUGUUCAUUGGCAAACUUCAAACAAGCCUGUACAUGUGCUUUCUUGAGCAGGGGGACCUUGUGGGCUCUGUGGGAUUUCAGCCCUUCACGGCUUAGUGUGUUACCAAUUGUUUUCUUGGUGACUAUGGUCCCAUCAUUAACAAGAUCCUCCUGUAUAGUUCUGGGCUGCUUUCUCACCGUUCUCAUGAUCAUUGAAACUGCAUGAGUUGGGAUCUUGCAUGGAGCACCAGACCAAAGGAGACUGACCGUUAUUUUGUGUUUCUUCCAUUUGCGAAUAAUCGCACCAACUGUUGUCACCUUCUCACCACGCUGCUUGGCAAUGGUCUUGUAGCCCAUUCCAGCCUUGUGUAGGUCUACAAUCUUGUCCCUGACAUCCUUGGACAGCUCUUUGGUCUUGGCCAUGGUGGUGAGUUUGGAAUCUGAUUGACUAAUUGCUUUUGUGGACAGGUGUUUUUUAUACAGGUAACGAGCUGAGAUUAUUAGCACUCCCUUUAAGAGAGUGCUCCUGAUCUCAUCUCGUUACCUGUAUAAAAGAAACAUUGGAGCCAUAAAUCUUGCUGAUUGAUAGGGGAUCAAAUACUUAUUUCUCUCAUUGACAUGCAAAUCAAUUUAUAACUUUUUUGACAUGCAUUUUUCUGGAUUUUUUUAUUUUUUUUUGGUUAUUCUGUCUCUCACUGUUAAAUUACACCUACUAUUAAAAUUAUAAAUUUAUAAAAUUAUAGACUGAUCAUUUCUUUGUCAGUGGACAAAGGUUCAAAAUCAGAAGGGGAUCAUAUACUUCCUCUACCCCCCAAUGUGCCUCCACCAGAAUACCUCAGACAAGUGUCCACAGGUCAGACACACACGUGCCAGCGCGCAUCCACAUGCAAGGUUUUAGAGGCUUUUCAAUUAAACUGUCUCUUCUAUGAAGGAGUCAAUAUUACCUAAACAAACAGUCAGCUUACAAUUUUAACAAUAUCCUUCAGUAUCCUGAAUGCAGGUUAAAAUAUCAUUGGUUCUGAAAUGUUCCUUUCUGGUGCAAAGACGUAAAAGCCUUGGAUUGUUUUCAGUGAUACGCGACAUUCCAUUAGAUGUGUGUGGGUUUGUAGCACCAUAUAAAGGACAGUAGGGGUCAGACUUUCCUUCCCAUAGUAACCAGUAUGAAUCUGUAAACUGCAUUUGAAAUGUUUUUGGCUUUCCUAAUGAGUUGCUUUAACUAGGUUUUGUGACCUGUGUUUGACUUCUGGAUAUUUACAGAAUCUCGCUAUAUCAUUGUAUUUUAAAGAUUACAUUGGACAGACAAUAGACGGGGAACGAGAAUUUGUACAUUAAAGUAUACAGAAACAGACCCUUGUCAGUGUAAGAAAAGGGAUGGACACAGGAAGACUUAAAGCCUAUUCACAGUGCAAAUAUACAAUAACAACUGCAAUAAAAACUUGAUUUACAAGAAAGAUUAAAGAUAGAUUAUAGAAAUCAACAGAGCUAAGGCAGCGUACUGGAGCAUGGCGGUCCUACCAUGGGUGUGCAUUUGUUGUUGUUGCACCAUAUUUCCCAGAAUUCUCUCUGGGAUAACAAGGAAAACAAUUCUUAACUUUUUCCCUGAUGGAUUAUUGUAAGAUAGCAUUCGUUCCAUUAUUAUAGCACAAUAUAGAUAUGUACAUGCCAGAAGGGUAUCAAAUCUCUUGGGCCAAAUUUGCCAAAACAGUUAUUGUUAUUACUUAAUUUUAACUUCUCUCCACUUAACUGCAAACCCAACGUUUUAUUUUAAAGUAUUUAUAUAGACCACAAGUAGUAUUGCGGACAAUUGAAAAGAAAAUUGCAAAUAUUCGGUUAAUUUAGAAAAUUCCUCUCUUUUUCCCUAAGUUGGCCAUAUCCCCCUAAAAUAUGCAGUAGUCUUAUGAAUUAUCAAUGCUUCUCAGUUUAUUAGAUCAACCUACAUGUACUAUUAUGGAGAGUCAACUGUAUCAUUUGAUAAUAGAAUCUUGUUUCUGUGAAAGUGUUUUUUGUUUUUUUUUCACAUGCAUUGUGUGUAAAAUGUUCAAAAUGUCCACUGACAACAGUAACUUGUCCUGUGAACCAUGUAUAUCUGACUGUUAUUUCAUGAAUAUAUUAUUAUUAUUAUUGCCAUUUAUAUAGCGCCAACAGAUUCCAUAGCGCUUCACAAUAUUAUGAGAGGGGGAUUUAACUAUAAAUAGGACAAUUACAAAAAACUUACGGGAACAAUAGGUUGAAGAGGACCCUGCUCAAUCGAGCUUACAUUCUAUAGGAGGUGGGGUGUAAAACACAUUAGGACAGGAAUUUGCAGUCAAAUAAGGUGGGCUGCCCUUUAGGAGAGAGCAAGAGACAGGUAUGUGAGGUAGAGGUUAGUCUUGGAGGCCAUAAGCUUUCCUAAAGAGAUGGGUUUUAAGGCACUUCUUAAAAGAUGCAAGACUAGGGGAGAGCCUGAUGGUGGUAGGCAGGCUAUUUCCAUAGGAAGAGAGCCGCCCGCGAGAAGUCCUGCACGCUCGAGUGGGCCGUAUGGGUGCGGACAACGGACAGGAGGUGGUCACGGGCAGAGCGGAGAGACCUAUGGAUCUGUGAGGAGAUAUAAGAGGGGGUAGAGUUGUUCAGUGCUUUAUAGGUGUGAAUUAGUACCUUGAAUUGACUCCUAUAGCACAAUGUAAGGACUGGCAGAGGGGUGAGGUGUGUGAGAACCGACUAGAAAGAAAAAUCAGUCUGGCGGCAGCAUUCAUUAUGGAUUGUAGCGGUGCAGUACGGCUUUUGGGAAGACCAAUCAGGAGAGGGUUACAAUAAUCCAUGCGGGAAAUUACUAGAGCAUGGACAAGCUCCUUGGCAGCAUCUUGUGUAAGAAAGGGGCAGAUGCGGGCUAUGUAUUUAAGAUGGAAUCUACAGGAUUUGGCAACAUACUGGAUGUGAGGCUCAAAGGUGAGGCUCAUGCUGGCUACAUUUAUAAAAUGAGAUCAGUAUCCUAAAAGCUUGGCCAGAAUGUUGUAUUAGAAACGAACAAAAUCUAAGCAAUUGUUUAAUUCUUCCAGUUUGCAUAGUUUUAGGGCUUUGUCAUGUGUGUAAAUGGCUGUCAGUUCUAGUUUGCUAGGCUAAAACUAUUUUCUGGCAUCCUGGUUCUGGACUCGGUGUUGAUAAGGCUCUUCUUAGAUGCCUAAAGUAGUCUUAUUCUGUAAUAUCACAAGUGAGAAAAUAAAACCAACAUAUUUAGACCCUGCUGAUUAGGUUCCAGCCAUGGGGCACCCUAUUGAACUUUGAUCUUCUGUUUUCUCCUAGCAUCAUUUGUUUUUAGCUAGUUGAUCUGACUAUUUGGAAGUGGAUGAAUAUUGUGACUGACACCAAAUGCUCAUAUGGUUACAUCGAACAUCCUCUUAAUAAUAAUAAGCAUUACAAAUAAGGCAUUAGCACUGGAUAUCCUCAUGAUACAUUUUUACCUGAAUUUUUUCUUCUUUAUACUAAUGAAGAAACCACUAUGUUCAUGGGUUAAAAUUGUGAUGAAACAUGAACAUUGCUAACAAUAUGAAGAUAUAUUUGUUUUUUGAAAAUGACACUGCUGUUUUCUUUCACUUGUAGUGGGAGGACAUUACUAAAGUGGCAUCUGCCAAGUUACUAGGUCAUCGAACCAUGAACCCUUGCCCUGUGUAUGAUGCGUGGAGUGGGACAGUAUUCCUCUUUUUCAUCUGUGUUCGCACAAAUAGUUCUGAAAUGAGACAGAUCUUCACUGGCAGGAAUGCAGCCAGACUUUGCUUUGUAACAAGUAGUGAUUAUGGUAAAACUUGGAGCACGUUGCGUGAUCUUACUGAGGAAGUUAUAGGAAAUGAGCUCAAGAACUGUGCCACACUAGCAGUGGGUCCCGGGCACGGCAUUCAAUCAACAUCUGGAAGGUUGAUAGUACCUGCUUACCUCUAUUACAUACACUCCCGCUUCUGCUGCCUUCCCAUUCCUUGGAAAACAAAGCCUCAUUCUUUUAUUUUCUACAGUAACGACCAUGGUAAGAGCUGGCACAAAGGAAGUAUCCUCUGGAAACAGAAGACAGGAGAGUGUGAGGUGGCAGAAGUGGCCCACAACAACGGUACAAACCUCCUGUACUGCAGUGCAAGAACAAGGGAGCAUUACCGUGUGGAAGCUAUCAGUAACAGUCAAGAAAUGGAAUUUGGUGACUCUCAUAUUUGCAAGAGUCUGUGUGAACCUCCUACAGGCUGCCAGGGGAGUGUGGUGGCCUUCGAACCCCCAAAGGAUAGCAAUGCCAACGAAGAACAUGAGAAGAGCACAACGUCUUGGCUUCUGUAUUCCCACCCAACCAGCAGGAAGAAGAGAGUGAACUUGGGAGUCUACUUAAACAAAUCUACACUUGUACCUUCAGUCUGGACCCAACCCUGGAUCAUUAACAAAGGGCCAAGCGGAUACUCAGACUUAGUAGUAUGCCAAGAUUCACAUAUUUUUGGGUGCCUGUAUGAGUGUGGCUUGAAUGCAUGUGAGAAAAUCAACUUCAUGAAGUUUACAAUGGAAGAACUACUUAAGAAUAUAUCAACCUUGUAAAGGUGCAGUCUACUCCUUCCUAGACAACCUAGCAAGCUUAUUUGUCUUCAUAGAUGAAUGGCAACAUAUUGACACUAGACUGCUUUCCCAGCAUGUUUUGCAGGACAAGACUAGUGGGUUAAGUUGUACUUGUGGAUACAAAGAAUCUACAUGCACAUGCAAUAUUGCUUUCUUUAGAGGGAAGGACUGGAUUUGGCGAGCUUUACAGCGCUAUGUAGCACUUUAUCGGCACAUCAUUGUAAUUUAUUACAUAGUGUAACUGGGUAAAACUCAUUAACUCAAUUGUGAUGUAUGGGGAAGUGAAUUCUGAGUUAAGUUCAGAUUUUAUGAUGAAACAGUGUAUUGCAAGCAUAGGUGGCUUGGAAAAUCUUUCCAAGUAAUCUGUUUUAGUCUAACAGUUGAACACAUUUUUAAUUCUCAUUCACACUUUAGUGAAGGACAUUGUUUUUUUUUUUUUUUUAUUAAGUUGUAACAGAUUCCCUAUACUCCAACUCAGUAUAUCAGCUCUAGUUCUCCCAAAUCCCAAGCGAAGCUGUGAUUAAAGCUCUGAGCUACCCAAACAUCAGCCAAGACUUGAUGAAGGGUACAAGAAGACUGGUUUAUUAUGGCCCAGUGGCCAGCUUAUAUACACAGACCCCCAGCAGUAACAUAGUGAACCACUCCCACAACACGCCCAGGAGUCUCUGUGUUUGGGAGAUAAUUUAGUGUACUUUGCUUAAAUUAAUUAUCUCCCAGGCACAAGAGUUACAAAAUAUAAAACAUAAAAUAUUAAAAAUACAUACAACACAUAUAGGAACUCCCACAAAUAUUAUAUACCCGGAUAGCCUGGAUCUGAUCGCCCAAGUUGUCUAAAUAGCGCUCAGUUCCCACGAACACAGACGAUUAGCCCCUGGGGUAACGUUUUGACCGACCGCACACGUGGCGUCUGCCCAAAUUAGUUCCAGAGAAAUAGUUGUAGCGGUCGGUCACUUUCAGAAGUUCCAUACGAACAAAAUGUCGAAUAGUUCCCCAGGCUCAUAGGUAGCGAAUGUUUGCCUUGUUUGUGCAAACAAUCCUACCGAACAGGGCUCUCCUGGCUUGUCGUGGAAAGAAGCAGGCGUACGUGUGAUUUUUACCGGUGUUCGCAAGGUCAAGUGUCCGACUUAUAGUUCCAGACACUCAACGACCAAGUCCCACUGCCUGCGUUUGUGCGACAAAAUGGCCACCAUUUUCUCCAGCAUGUGUUGUUCGGUUAUAACGGCGGCCACACAGGGAGAGCACUUAAGUCUGUGGUUUCUUUGUAGUUGGUCAGGGGUGGUCGGUUUUUGAUAGAUUGUAACUGCCAAACUGGGGAAAUGUAUUUAUGUUCGGGAAACUAUAUACCAUGAACUAGGAGGGAAAUGUCUUACAAAGAGAAGGAAAAUAGUGAGUUGGUCACAAUGUAUAUGGCCCAUAGUUGGUGGGCAGGAGGCCAGCUUCCACACUUCUCCAGAAGUUCGUGGCAAACGUCCAGGGUAAGGAGCAUUUGUUACAUAUUAAGUUAUUUAGAUGAGAGAGUCAAUUCACUUUUGUUUUGGGUGGAGGGGGAGAGCAGGGCCUGACUCUCAUGGUGGAGAGAGGGUGAGCUAGCUCCUCCAUUAUCUUGAUUAAAAAUCAUUCCUGUGGCCUCACUUGGCUCGCCAAAAUACAGCGAGAGUAGGAUUUGCUUACAAGUGUAUAUUAGAAAUACUGUAAAUGCAGAGUAAUGGCCCAUAAAAAGUCACUUUCCAAAAUAAGAAAAAAAGACUUUUAAUUGGGCAAAUAUAUAGCCAUACAUUUUUUUCAGUGUGGAGAUGGGCAUAAACACUACAUGAAAUCCAAAAUGAGAAUUGCUCCCUUCCUUUAAAAAAAUUAUGAAAUCUCCCCUUGUAACAUAAUAAAAACACUGAUAUUACCGGUAAAAUGUAGGACAAAGAACAUUAUACAGAGCAAAACAUUACCUCGUGCCUGACACAUAUUACUAACAACCAGCAUUAUACAAAAUAUUGGUUAAUUUUUCUUACAAUAAAAUUCCCCAUUGUGUUCGAGCCCAUCUAUUAAAUAUAAUACUGCUGUUAGAAUGGGACUAGUACAGUUAUUAAAAAAGGCUAUGAAAUAUUUAUCAACAUGCAAAAGAUGUAUCUCAAGUACGAAACUAUUUUAUAAACUUAUUUCACGUGUAAGCUAACUAGAUUUUAGAUUAAAAAAAAAUAAAGUUAGUUUUUGGGGGUUUUUAAUAUAAAUUAUUGAUGUAAAACUAUAACACGCUUAUUCACUAAAGUGAUUAUUUAACGUGAAUUCUCAGUGAAUUUUAGACCAAGGUAGCCAAAGUGGAAGAAUAGCUGACUUAGAACAUUUUUCCAGAAUGUAGAUGUUAAAAUGUAAUUUAACACUGUCAUUUCCAUUUAAUGAAGGUUAUUUAGCUACAGUCUUACCAUGGUCUACAGGCUGACUUUGAACUACAGCAGAAACCAUCAAGAGGUGCUUUACACAAGCUUUUGAACUUGGUAUUUUUACAUUUUUUAAAUUAACAAUGCCCACCAAGCAAUUACACAUUUUUUUUACUAUUUAGUCUCUUUAAUUAUGCUUUUAUUGUACAAUACAUUAUGAAGUGUGCCAAUGUUUGUUUACAUAAAAAUGUAUAAUUUUAACUUUUGUCAAACAUUUUUAAAUUAAAAAAAAAAAAAAAUGCGUUUCUCUCAACUGGAGAUCAUGAACUAAUUAAUAAAUUUUAUGCAACAGUUAGUUAAAGGGACACUCCAGGCACCCAGACCACUUCUGCCACUUCUGCCUAUUGGAGUGGUCUGAGUGCCAACUCCCACUACCCUUAACCCUGCAAGUGUAAUUAUUGCAGUUUUCUACUAGACAGCCACUAGAGGGCACUUCCUGGUCAAUAGCACAGGUUUUCUGUGCUAAAGCGUCGCUGGACGUCCUCACGCUAUGUAAGGACCUCCAGCGUCGCUAAAAUCCCCAUAGGAAAGCAUUGAAAGCAUUUUCAAUGCUUUCCUAUGGGGAGGUCUAAUGUGCGUGCGCGGCAUGCACAUUAGGUCUCAUCCCGCCGGCGGCUGUGCAUGCGCAAUCGGACUCCCCCGCCGGCUGACGGACCCUAAACUACUGCCAAGGGACAUCGGCGGUGGUCCCAGGUAAGUCACUGAAGGGGUUUUCACCCCUUCAGCAAUAUGGGAUGGGGGGUGGGAGGGAGGGAAAAUGAUGUUUUCCUGGCACUGGAAUGUCCCUUUAACUGCUGGUUUCUCCUAGUGCUAAUGUACUUCCAGUGAAAAUGGUGGAGAAUGAAGCAUAAAUUCUGGAGGUUGUCUUUUUGAUGUUUACAGCAUGAUGUACAUUGGAAGGAUUGUAACUCUAAUAAAAUAUUAAAUUGCAGCCAUCAGUGUGUGAGUUUUUAUUGUCAUUACAUGUUCUCAUUCACUUGUGUGCUAGGCAUCAGUUUUCUGUUAAAUACAAAUAUUAAAAAAAUU